UCAUUAUUCACACAAACAAAAUGGCGUCGUCUGUGUCGGCUGUCCCUUGCGCAGUUCCCCUGAAUCAGCUGUUGUAGCUGUACUUAGUUGCUUCUGAUGUUGGACAGACACUCGUUUUGAAGAGGAAAGUCUUUGGAGAAGGACUGCCAAAUUAUGUCAGUCAUAUCAGAUACUGUUCACAUCAAUGGAGGCCUUCACAAUCAACCCCUUGGAGCCGCCUUCAAGGGGGAGGGAGGUGUUGUCGUGGGGCAGGAUUCCCUCGGAGCACCCCACAAACUAGCUGAGAACAACGAAACCUACAAGAACAACAACCUACUCGGCCCGUCGCAGAAUGGCGGUCACUCUGACACGUGUGGUCAGGAUGCCAGCGGUGACGCACACGCCGAGGAAUCUCCGGAAAUUGACAUUAUCAUAAACAAUGUUGUGUGCACAUUCGGCACUCGCUGCCACUUAAAUCUCAAGAGAAUUGCCAUGGAGGGGGCCCAUGUUGAGUACAAAAGAGAGAAUGGGAUGCUCAACAUGAAGCUGCGGAGGCCCAACGCUACUGCGACAAUCUGGUCAUCAGGAAAAAUUACGUGCACAGGUUCUACAAGGUUGGUGUUUCUACAGGGCAGUGGGGUUUUUUUCUAUGAGCCAGAACUCCAUCCAGGCGUCACGUACAGAAUUAAGGAACCCAGAGCAACCCUGAAAAUUUUCUCAACUGGCAGUAUUACAGUAACAGCGCCAUGUGUUUUGAAUGUGCAAUUAGCCAUAGAGCACAUAUAUCCCCUCGUCUGCCAGUUCAAAAUGGAGUCCUCAAGAAUUGACAAGAAGGUUGUUCUGGCAGAAAAGAAAUACUUCAAAAAAGGUGGUGCUAUCAUCAGCAACCCUAUGCUUCAGAUGGUGAGCGAUGACGAGGAAGACGAGUUCUUGGACGAGGAGGAGCUGGGGGACGAGGAGUCAGAAUUCUCAGAAGACUUUGACAGUGAUGUGAGCUGCGACUGAAAGUGACUGGACAAAAGUUGUGUAUACACUGUUUGUUUGUUUGUUUGUUUUGUUGAUUUUUAGGUGUAUUUCUUUCUUACUUUUUUUUUCUUUCCCCGUGCAUUUUUGGGUGUGUAGGCAUUACAUAUUAGUGAAGUUUCACUGCAUGACUUACAAUCUGCAUUUUCUUUGUGACUGUUGAUGAUGUACAAUUGGGAGCGUGAAGAUUUUUUUAAAAAAUGAAGCAAAAUAGAGGUGUGUGCUGGAAUAUAUGAAGUAUGUGGAUUCAUUAUUUUGAGUGUGUUUGUACGAUGUCGUCUCCUUUGUGGUCAGAGCAAAAUCAAGCAUCCAUCAUCAUUUCGUUUUCAAGUGUAAGCGUCAACAUGAAUUCUUCUUGGGUUUUUUUUUUUAGCUAGUGUCAGCAUAUUGUGGCAUUAUUGAGAGAUAUGAUAUUUGUGAGGAUGUUUCGUAUGUUAGUAUUAGUGGUUUGUUUUGUGUGGGGGGGGCCUGGUUUGUUGGGUUUUUUUUGUUUGGUUAGUGCAACGAACAAGUCCACCGUAUGCUACUAGCGGCUGCAGUUCCCCAGUAAUACUAAAUGCUGUGGAAAAAAAGUUUAGUGUGUUUGGUUUUUAUAUAUCCCACUUCUUUGGUGACCACGAUUUUCAUCCAAUCAGUGGAUAAGAGUGCUGCUUUGACACUUUUGUUUUCUGCCUUGAAAAGUUUCGUUGGAAUUCAUAAGGUCUUGCAUGCUGAGUUUGAUUAUUCCUUUGGUAUUUAAUAAUAUGAUAUUGUUUCAUGUAUCUCUCACUGGUUUCAUUAUUUAUGUGAUAGAGCCUAGCAUUGAUACUCUUUUGUCUUUUUCCUAGCUGGACUGUGUUUGAGUUGACUAGUCUGUGUUCAGAGUGUGUGUGAAUGUGUUUUAGUGUUGAAAGUUUUUGCAACAACAAAAAAAA